AUGGUACAGAAAAAGAUAGUUAUGAAGGUGCAAAUGAGCUCUGAGAAAUGCAGAACCAAGGCCUUGAAGAUUGCCGCAGUGGCCAAAGGCGUGAGCAAAGUGUCGAUAGAACCGGAGAAAGAUCAGGUGGAAGUGAUCGGAAUCGGGAUUGACUCCAUGACCUUGACCAUGACGAUGAGGAAGAAGGUUGGGCAUGCAGACAUACUGAGUAUUGAAGAAGUGAAAGCCGAGGAGAAAAAGCCUGAUGGGUCAAUUCCAAUUACUUGCACAACAAGCUAUAGUUAUGCUCACUAUCCGCGAUAUCCCACGCACUAUCAUGUGGUUCGUGAGGAACCAACCACUUGCUCCAUUAUGUAA